AUGCUCUUUGAAACCAGCUGCGAGCGAUGUCGUCGUCGCAAGAUCAAGUGUGACCGCAAGCGUCCAUGCUCGCGUUGCGUCAAGGCGGGCACAGAGUGUAUCCUCAGCGGAAGUGGAGAGAAGCAACGGCCGAUAUCCAAGGGUUAUGUCCAGGCUCUUGAGGGUCAGGUCGCCUCACUCGAGCUGCUAAUUCGCAAGCUCGCAGUGGCCGACAGCACCGAGAGGGAUGACAUACUAUCAGAAUUGGCUCUAUCUCCUCCAGCUUCACUCGAUCUCUCGCACAAGUCACCUGGAGAUCAUCAAAAGUCAAACACUGACCCCAAGGUGGUUGCCGCGCAAGUGCGCUCCGGCCAGCUCCGGCGUCCGCGGUCGAGCCAUGCCACUCAGUUCUUUGGCGGCACCAGCGCCUUUCACAUUCACCUCUCGCAGGAUGUUUCCCUGUCGUCUAAUGAUGGAACCUCUCACUCUGAAGCUCACUCGGCGCCUCCCAUGCUCGGGUCCAUGCCAAACACCAUGACGGACAAUAGCGUCACCAGCAGCCCUCGCGAUCCUAGCUACGUCUAUGCGCCUCACGACGAGACCUCGCAGACGUGCAUGGCCGCAUACUUCAAGUAUCAGUAUCAGUUUCACAUGCUCGUCUACCGCGAGUACUUUUUGCGCGACUACGAUGUGGGCUCGGGGAGGUAUUACUCGGAUGCCCUCCUCUUCGCCAUCUGCUCUCUUGGCGCGAUGCAGCUCGACGAUUUCCGAUCAGUCUCAGACAUUUUUGCCAACCAGGCCCAACAGCUCAUCUACGCAACUCUUGACAGUCCAGAACUCACAUCCCUGCAGGCCCUGGCCCUAUUAGGAUAUCGCGAGAUUGGUGUAGGCCACACGUCAAAGGGCUGGCUCUUUGCCGGCAUGGCUUUUCGACUUGCGCAUGAGAUGGGUCUCCAUCUGGACCCGAAUAACUGGGAUGCCUCGAUAGAAGGACCUUCGAACCGCGACACGGAGAUUUUGAGACGAGUCUACUGGGCCAUCUUCAUCGCCGACAAGCAGCUGAGCCUCUACUUUGGAAGGCCUCCGGCUCUACAUCCGAGCGAAUCCGACGUGCGUAACACCAUCAGGCUGCAGUAUCCUCCAGAUUGGGAAGGCCUCCUCGACACGUACAUCUGCAAAGGAGCCUCGGCGACAGAGUUUGAGGACGGUGUUGCUCUCGUGGGAUCCUUCAUCUACCAGGCCGAACUAUGCAAGAUUGCCCACGUCAUGAUCACCGAUCUCUUCGAGAACCGUCGGGGCAACGUGGACGCGACGGUGGCAGCCGCCAGGUCAAGGCAAAUACACGUGUCGCUGACAAAGUGGCUAUCGAGCCUCCCUGGCACCCUUCACUGGAACCAAUGGACAGUGGGUGUAGUGCAACCCUCUGUGCUCCGCAUGCAUAUGCUCUUCCAUACCAUCAUGAUCAUCCUUCACCGGCCACCUUCGCACAUGUAUGAGAAGCCAGGCAUCGCCGAGAGCGAGGAUGUCGAGAUCUGCUACGAGUCUCUGCAGGCCAUCCUCCGGCUUAUGAGGACGUACUCGAGACACUACCGUUUCCGCUCAUUACCCCUGGACUUUGUACAGACUCUGUCUACGGCGGCGGGCACAAUCAUGAUGAAGCGCUUCUUCCAAGGCGCUUCGUGGGACGAUUCAGACAUUGCACGUUCACUUUCAACCAUCAUCGACGCCAUGGAGGAGGUCCAACAUACGUGGCCAUGCAUGGGCGAAAUCAAGGACUACGUCGUGCGAGCGCGCAACGCACAGGUGGUGGUACCGCCCGAGGACCCCCUCAACGUGCCAGACCUCAUGAACGGCCUGGAGCUCAGCCAUAACGUCACGGCCGAGCUCAUGGCCCAGUGGGGGGAGGAGCUGGGCACCCUCGUGACCGAUGAGUUUCUGAGCAUGCAGCUCCAGGGAAGCGAGCAGGGCAUCAUGGCGCCUUUCGACUUUAACCAGCCUCUGGGGCCACAGUAG